UGUAGCCUCACAAAAGUAUCUAGAACUCGCACCGUGGUUGCGUUUGCGUUGUGUGGAGCCGCCUAAUUAACAUUUACCGUCAGUCCUUUAGACGAACAAGCUCAAGUCAAAGGGUGUGAACAUGAGAGGACAUGGUAGAAGUGUUGCGUCUAUUCUUGUAUGGUUCUGUACCCAGUAUACUAACUAAUAUCCGCAUUACAGCUACAUUCACCAUCAGACUACGAGAUGGACAGGCUGUGUGUCGAUCUGAUUGCAUUCUUAAGUGCUGUUUCCUCCAGUCAGGAUGGGAUCUCUGCAGCAGAGGUAGAGCUGAGAGUCAGACCAGGAGACAACAUCACUCUCUAUAGUAACUGUAGAACAACAAGUGAAAUGUACACAGUCUGGUUCAGGAAUUGUUCUCAUGAGCACCAGCCUCCUCUUGUUAUUACAUAUUAUAACCGUUUGUCAUCUCAUUUCCUCAAUCCUCUCCCUCGGUAUACAAUGUUCUGGAACCACUAUAACAUGUCCUAUGAUCUACUGAUUGAGAACAUCACUGAAUCUGACCUGGGACUCUACUACUGUGGGACUAUAGAGAGAAAUAUGGAGAAUGAGCAACGUAUUGAACAGACAAAUGUCUACCACUAUGGACAUGUCAUGAGAAGGCUUUCAUUUGAUGCCAGAACACCUGAUGUAGACUGUGGUCUGUGUUGGAUGUUGCUGUUCAGUCUGUGUCCUGUGUCUGCUCUCCUCUCCUGUCUACUCUCCUUUGCCUGUUUCUACUCCUUCUGCAGAACAACAGCUCCAACUGAGACUCAGGUUCCUCUGAACAGGACGACCACCAGGGGAAGUGACAGCAGAGAGCAGACUACAGUCAGAGAGGACAGUGAUGUGUGUUACGCCACAGUGGAUAUCCUUCAGGGACAGAGAAGAACAACGAAGAUGAAGAAAGCCCAGAACUCUGACUUCAGUACCUACUCAGCCAUCAAUACCAGCAGAGAGUGAAACAUAUACCAUCCAUCAAUACGAGCAGAGUGAGACCUAUA